UCUAGUCACAGUUGGUUCCCACAUAAACCCCCGGCGACCGGUCGGCGAACUUGUGUAUACUGCAAUCUCUGAUCAGGUAAUCGCACUGCAUCGGCAAAGACAACCCCUGUCCAAUCCCCAUACUGAGAGAAGUUUUUUGAUCAUGUACCCCCGUCCUGUACAGCACUACGACACAGCACACACGGUCUCAGCAAUCCCUACUCAAUCACCUUCCAACACUUGCCGUGAUAAACGUACCUUUCUCUCUAUCAUGGCAACAUCCAAACUAUUCUCCAAACUAUUCAGACCUGUGCGUGUAGGGGCCAUGGAUCUUCAGCACCGAAUCGCUAUGGCACCUCUCACCCGUCUUCGCGCGGAUGAAAAUCAUGUCUUAGGGCCGCUAUCCGCAGAGUACUACAUGCAGCGUGCCUGUGCCCCAGGAACACUCCUUAUUGCCGAAGCAACACUUAUCUCUCCCGCUCAUGCCGGGAUGCCUCACGGCCCUGGAAUCUGGACCUCGGAGCAGAUCGCUGGCUGGAAGACCAUAACUGAUAUCGUUCACGCGAAUGGAUGCAGUAUAAUAUGCCAACUCGUCGCCCCGGGACGUGCUGCAGACGCUGAGGAGCUCAAGCAAAACGAUUACGAGCUGCUGAGCAGCAGCGCUGUCCCUAUGCCUGGCUCAGGCUACACCGAGAAGACUGGUCUACCGACUUUACCGAAAGCAAUGACCGAGGAUCAGAUUCAUCAAUGCAUUGCCGACUUUGCACAGGCAUCCCAGAACGCAAUCACAGCAGGUUUCGAUGGCGUCGAACUCCAUGGUGCGAAUGGGUACCUGAUCGACCAGUUUCUGCAGGACACAUGCAACAAGCGCACCGAUGGAUGGGGUGGAUCCAUCGAGAAUAGAGCACGCUUCGGCAUACAAGUUGCCAAGGCUUGUGCGGACGUUAUUGGUGCUAUGAAAGUCGGAUUUCGCGUCAGUCCGUGGAGUCCGUUCCAGGGUAUGCGGAUGAUGAAUCCGGUGCCCACAUUUUCAUACCUUGUGGAGGCAUUGAGGGAGAUGGAUCUGGGUUAUUUGCAUAUCAUUGAGAGCAGGGUGAACAACAACGUGGACUGUGAGUUGAGUGAGAGCAUCGACUUUCUGCUUGAGGUAUGGGGGACGGAGCGACCGGUUUUGCUGGCGGGAGGGUAUACGCCAGAGAAUGUCUGGGAGGCUGCGGAUAGUAAGUAUGGAGCCUUUGACGCUGUUUUUGUUUUCGGAAGACAUUUUUUGUCAAAUCCGGAUCUGGUGUGGAGAGUGAAGUAUGCAGUAGGGUUGAAUAGCUAUGAUAGGAGCACGUUCUACACUAGUGGCAAGACGCCAGAGGUGGGAUAUACGGAUUAUCCAUUUGCUGAAGGGUUUGGAAGAUAACUGGGAGCUGUUUUCCAUUGCCUUC